CGUCCCACACCUUCAACAAGCCGGCAUCGGUGCUCGAUCAGCACUGGGGGGUUUAACGAGCAGCUACCACGUGAACGCGCAACGGAGUGGAAGUAGGUGGGAGAGGAAGGAGCCGUAGUUUCCGAAGAAAGGAGACCGACUGAAGAUGAGUGAUGUGGAGGAAGAGGAGGACAGCCGUCCGUCCAUGAAGGGGGACGGGUCCACAGAAAGGCCUCCAGACUGCAGUGAUGAACCCUCAGACACAAAAGAGAGGAAGAGGAGUCCUUUGUCUGUGGAGGAGCAGCCGUCCUGCUGUGCUUUGUGUCAGGUCGUCCUGAAGGAUCCAGUCUCUACCAGCUGUGGACACUGGUUCUGCAGACGGUGCAUCACCUCAUACUGGGACCAGUUUGCUUCAUCAGGAGACUCCUCCUGUCCCCAGUGUGGAGAAAGAACCAGAGCUGGACUGCAGACAGCCAGUCAGAGCAGCUCUGUACAA